GGCAACCUGAGCCGGCCGCCGGCCGCCGCCGGGCCCUGCCCCGCCGCCCGCGGCGACCUGGACUCGGCCUGCGCCCGCCUGCACUCGCUGCAGCGCCUGCUGGGCUCGUUCGCCGCCGGCGUGCCCGCCGGGCCGCUGCUGGCCUCGGCCCCGGCGCGGAGGACCUUCCUGCAGGCGUACUUCGGGAACUUGAACCUCUCCUUUUGUGAUACUUACACGAUCUGGGACCUGCUGCGCGAGAUGGCCGGCCCCGACAGCCUGGACUGCAGCCUGGACAACCUGAUGGUGGACUUGGUGGCGGCCGCCGCCGGGGCGCUGGGCGGGGAGGCGUGUAGCAGCUGCGUCCAGGCGUACCAGCGGCUGGACCAACACGCUCAGGAAAAAUACGAGGAGUUCGACCUCUUGCUGGAGAAAUACCUGCAGUCGGACGAGUACUCGGUCAGAUCCUGCGUGAGGGACUGCAAGGCUGUCUACAAGGCCUGGCUGUGCUCCGAGUAUUUCAACGUGACACAACAACAGUGCCGACACCGGAUCCCAUGCAAGCAAUACUGCCUGGAGGUGCAGACCAGGUGCCCGUUUGUGUUACCGGACAACGACGAGCUGAUCUACGGAGGUUUGCCUGGCUUCAUCUGUACGGGGCUGCUGGAGACCCAGCUGCCCGAGGAGGAGGCCAAGUGCUGCGAGGUGCAAUGGGACUCCUGCGACCACCCCCCAGACAGCAACUACAACACAUCCCCCAAAUCCACGGCGUCAGAGUCGCUCCAUUACCACCGCCACGACCCCCACCUCCAUCACCAGCGGCAGAACCACUACCACCUCUACCACCACCACCAGUACCACCAGUACCACCACUCCCCGUCCUUGCUGCCGGUCUCCGCAGGGUCUCGCCUGGGCAGCAGCAGGCUCAGGCUGUGCGUGCUGGUCCUGAUGCUCCUCCACACCAUGGUGUCCUUCUCGAGCGUGCACAGCGGCGGCGGGGGGCUCAGCCUGGAGGCCCUGCCCGCCCUGGACGAGAGCGUGGCGCGGGACGAGUGACACGCAGGGGGGCAGCCGACCUCCGAGAACGCCAGAUCUUUUUCCACGAAGGGGGGCACAUGCUAUUCCUCCAAUGGGAGGCACGGGAUUGGGGGUGACGCACACACACACACCCCCGCACAUACCCCCAAGAGCUGCUCGCCGCGGGGCAUCCCCGUGAUGAAGAGUCUCUAAUGCGCACAGGGCUGCGGGACUCGGCUUUGAGAAGGGUUCGGUCAGGAGCAGCCGGGCGGCUCGGCGCAGGAGGGGACGGGGCAGGGGGAGCAGAGGGGCCGGGGGAGCGGAGGGGACGGGGUCCCCCCCUCGCAGGAGGUGGCCCCGCGUGGCUGCCGCGUACCUCCUGGCCGCCUGCCGCGAGUGCCUUGGGCGCCCGCACCGUACCCGCCAGCCAAAUGCCAGGAGUUUGGAAAUCCGCCUGACCCCCGUUUUCUAUUUCUCCCCCAUCCAUAACGCCCCGCACCCGGCCGGGCAGGAUGGAGGCAACACCUCUCUGAAAGUCCCUGUCCUCCGUUCCCAUCCCCGAGAAAACCCCGCUGGUGCAAGGCAGCCCCUGCACGGGCUGGCCGGGCUCCUCCUGCUGCUGGAGGGCUGGUGGGACUGGGGGAUGCUGCACCAUGGGGCUGCUGUCCCCACGUCCCCACCUGCUCCUCCAGUCCUGCUCCUCCUGCUCAGGGCGGUGGGGAGGCAGCGUGGAGCAGGAGG